AUGAAACAGGUUUCCAAUGGCCUGAAUUCGAACUGUCCUCAACCCAUUCACCUUCAGUCCCUCGGCUUGGCUGAUCAAUCGCCAUGUAAACACAUCCCGCUGGCCUCGAGCGAGGGAAUUGCAGGGCAAGGGAUCCAAACAGCGUACAUCAGGUUCCUCCAGCGUCCCGGCCGUUGGCUACUCGAUAAUCAGAUUGGAUUCUCUUCUGUCUGCAUCGCCGUCCUUCUCUUCACACACCUCUGCGUGCCGGAAGCGCGAUUCCACGCAUCCAAGUUCCUUUUCAUUUCGCAUCACAGCGCCAGUCGAAGGACCUACGCGGUCGGCGGAGAUGACUUCUACUUCACCGGCUUCUGCAUCGUCCUCUUCACCGGGCUCCGUGCCGCUCUCAUGAAGUACAUUCUGACCCCGUUGGCCAGGCAUUUGGGGAUAUCCAGAACGAAGGACGUCAACCGGUUCGCCGAGCAAGCGUGGCUGCUCUGCUACUACUCGGUCCUGUGGACGCUAGGCAUGUACAUCUAUUGCACCUCCAGCUAUUUUCUCAAUUUGAAGGAGCUGUGGACCGAGUGGCCCACGCGGGAGCUGCCGGGGAUCAACAAGAUAUACAUUCUGGGGCAGGGGGCAUUUUGGUUGCAGCAGCUGCUCGUUAUCCACAUCGAACAGCGUCGCAAGGACCAUUGGCAGAUGCUGGCUCAUCACACCAUCACGAUCAUCUUGAUUUCCACGUCGUAUGUCUGGCACCUAACCCGGGUGGCCAAUUUGAUCCUGAUCCUGAUGGACGUGGUUGACAUUCUCUUCUCGCUAGCCAAGUGUCUGAAAUACCUAGGCCUAUUCACCCUCUGCGAUGUCAUGUUCGGCGUCUUCAUGCUAUCGUGGUUCUUGGCUCGGCACGUCUUCUACCUCCUCACGAUGUGGAGUAUCUAUACCCACAUGGUUGACAUAAUCCCCGUCGGCUGCUUCCACGGAUCGCAGGACAAUCUGACAGGUCCCACACCUCUGCCCGAGCGAGGGUGGUCACAAAUUCUGGAUCCCUUCCGAAACCCGUCCGGCACGAUCUGCUUCAGUCGCGGGGUGAAUUGGGCCUUCUUGGGGGCCCUGGGGUUUCUGCAGUUACUGAACUUGGCGUGGCUCGUCAUGAUUGUGCGGGUGGCCGUUCGGGUUUUCAAGGGCCGCGGCGCGGAGGAUGUACGCAGUGAAGAUGAGGACGAAGACGAGAAACCAGUCCAGACAGGCGAGUGCGACGAUGCUUCAUCUCGUGCAAGGGCGAUUGGCGUGGCCGCGACGGAUCUUAAAAGCCCGAUGCGCAUGACGAGUGUGAAGAGAACUGCCCAUUCGACAAGCGUUGGUUUGCCGCGGCGCAGCGAUCAAAAGCAAUUGCUGGGCCGACUGGGCUGCGAGAGACAAAUUUACUAA